CAGCCUUUCAGGAAGCAAAAUCCAACUUUAAAAAACGUCAAAAAUCUAUUAAAGGGAAGAGACGGGACACGGACACUUGUCUCCUAUUGCUGCAAUAUUUGACUAGAGAUCGAUUACCAGAAAUGUGUAUAAAUAGACCAAACCCUUACAAAAUCUGUGUCUGUUGGAACAAGAUCUGUGUUUGUUGGAACAAGAAUUCACACUCUGCACUCAUUUUUACACAGAAAAGGCAGCAAUAAUGAAGACAGUGUGUGUAACAGGGGCUUCGGGCUACAUAGCAUCAUGGCUUGUCAAGUUCUUGCUUCAGCGUGGUUACACUGUCAAGGCAUCUGUUCGUGACCUCAUUGAUCCAAAGAAAGUAGAACACUUGCUUGCACUUGAUGGAGCUAAGGAGAGACUUCAGUUGUUCAAAGCAAACCUACUGGAGGAAGGUUCCUUUGAUGCUGCGAUUGAUGGUUGCGAUGGUGUUUUUCACACGGCCUCUCCUUUCUACCAUACAGUCACUGAUCCUCAGGCUGAAUUGAUUGAUCCUGCUCUAAAAGGGACUCUUAGUGUUCUGGGAUCAUGUGCAAAAUCUCCAUCUGUUAAAAGAGUGGUUUUAACAUCCUCUAUAGCUGCAGUUGCCUUCAACGGCAAGCCUCGUACUCCGGACGUGGUGGUUGAUGAGACUUGGUGGUCUCUUCCUGAAUUUUGCAAGCAAAUGAAGUUAUGGUAUGUUCUCUCAAAGACAUUGGCUGAGGAUGCUGCCUGGAAGUUUGUAAAAGAGAAAGGUUUAGACAUGGUAACGAUAAACCCAGCAAUGGUGAUUGGGCCUCUGUUACAGCCAACACUUAACACCAGUGCUGCUGCAAUUUUGAAUUUAAUAAACGGUGCAGAAACAUUUCCAAAUUCUUCUAUGGGCUGGGUUGAUGUCAAAGAUGUUGCUAAUGCACAUAUUCUAGCUUUUGAAAAUCCAUCUGCUAGUGGAAGAUACUGCCUGGUUGAAAGAGUGGUACACUACUCUGAAGUUGUGAACAUCUUGCGUGAAAUUUAUCCUUCCUCAAAACUUCCAGAUAAGUGCGCUGAUGACAAGCCAUUUGUGCCGACGUACCAGGUUUCCAAGGAGAAGGCAAAAAGCUUAGGUCUUGAAUUCAUUCCCCUUGAGCAAAGCAUCAAGGAAACAGUUGAAAGCUUGAAGGAGAAGAACUUUUUGAACUCUUCUGCUGCACUUUGAAUAUCGCCCGAAACAUGAUGAGGAGCAUCGAGAGUUGGUAGCAUUGCCUAUUUAAAAUAUGUUUUCCAAACUCCUAUAUGUACCAAGCCUGUCUGACUGGCGUUACAUGCAUCCACAGAGAUUUAGAAUCUACAUAUGAGACAAUAAAGUACUCGUCUUUUUUGCUAUACUGAAAAUUUGAACAGGAAAUAUCCUUUUGUUUUUCCUGCUGCAAAUUCAAGGAUAUAGCAAUGAUGAGUAGAUUUUAGUGCGUAAUUAUAUGUUGGACGAGAAUUAAUAAAAUCAAGGAGCAGCAUUCCUUGUAAUAUCAGGGUAACGACUUUAUAAAUUAUGUAUGGAAUUGUUAACAACAGAUUUUUUUGGUACGAAUUGCUUUUAGGCAGUGCACCGAAAAUCAAUGGGAUUCCACCCCUUGAUGCCAUUUGUUAA